AGGGUGCGAAAUUAAUGGUUGCCCGGUUGCCCGGGGCAACCAAAAAAUCAUGCGGGCAACAAUUGAGCUGACCGUGGUUGCCCGCCGGGCAACCUUAUUUCAGGCAAGGGCCUACCUAAAAUUGUAUAUUCAAGCUCAAAAAGAUUUGGUUUUUACCCCCCCAAAAAUUAAUAAAAUGAUGCAAAUCAUACCGAUGUCGAAUUCACUUCUGGAAGCCAACAAUAAAUAAUUUGCGCCGGACAAAAAAACCUCGAAAAUUACUAACGAUCAGCAACAAAUAUCACCAUUCCGAUGCGCUAUCCGACAUGUCCGAUGAAACGCGCGAAGUUCCGCUACACGCUGGCAUACAGCUGUGUACAGCGGCUGGUACCCAGAAGUUAGCUAUUUUGUAAUGACAUUUCGCGUGCAUUUUUGCUCUGUGUGGAAGGGCAACCUGACUAUACAUUCUGUCAGCUGAUAAAUAUGCACUCGAUCCCGCGGUAUCGUGAGAGAUUAUUAUUGUACAUUGUUCACCACGGGCCCGAGGUUGACAAUUCUAUGAAUGUUGGAACGAAACGAACACGGCGCGCGCGCGGUAAGGACACUUUUUUUUUUUAUCAAUGAGUGUUUCUGUAUUUUGACCCAAUGAGAUUCCGCGAUUGGUAUGACGACAAAAAUUAUCAUGAAUAUUUAUAACCUCUACAAGAACGACAUGCUGGUGUAAUGUGUGUGGUGUCCUCGUGAUCACUGGUGCCGCACACGGUGGCUAUAUGAUGCUACAUAGUAGGGGACCAACGAUCACGCCCGCGUGGUUACGUUUGUGAAAACAGGGUUUUUCGAAGUGUCAAAGUUUGAUCGACUUGUGAAUAUAGAAAUUAUGAGCCUAUUAAGGUUUGGGUUCUAUAAGCUGGGCAAAAAAACUGGUACUAGGAGUGCUACCGACGCUGGAUUGUCGGAUGAUGACCAUGCUCCAAAAUCAACAAAAAAUGACGGCGAGGUAGGGUUAAUAAUAAUAUACAUGUUUCCAGCUCAUCGUCGGGAGCCGGCAUCGCGGCGAGUAGCCCAUCCACUGACUCUAACGCCGUCAGUACUAGGCCUAGUACUAGUAGUAGUACGCCGGUGAACACAAAAACGGACUAUGAACAAACCAGAGUUAGAAAUUUCCUGGAUGUGUGGCAAAAUGGAAGAGACUGGCUGCUGUAUAAUGAGAAGGAAAAGACCAUGUUUUGUACUUUUUGUACAAAACAUAAUAAGCACAACAACUUCGUAAAAGGGUGUAAUAGCCUGAGACUUACAAGCAUCAAGAAGCAUGAAAAUAGUGAGGAUCAUUAUAAAUCUGCUGAAGCAGUAAAAGCUGCAACUAUGGCAAAGACAGCACCCGGCAGCACUCCAAUUGAGAAAGGAUUGAUGAAAAUGGAGGGGACGCAGAUUGAACAAUUGAAAAAAUGUUUAGAACAGCCUUUUAUCUUGCCAAAUCUGAAAGGCCAUUCAGAGAUUUUCCAGGUCUGCUGAGUCUACAGGACAUAAAUUAUAAUGACACCUUGGGAAACCAUUAUGCCAACGAUAAACAGGCAAAGACUUUUAUUUCAUAUAUGGGCGAAGAGAACAAUAACAACAUUUCCCAGAUGUUGAACCAAAACAGUUUUAUCAGUGUCAUAUGCGACGGCUCCACAGACAAGGGAAUAAUAGAAGAGGAGAUUGUGUUCGCAAGAUUCUUGAACCAUGAGUGUGUACCCGAGACAAAAUUCAUAUCAUUGGAGUCAGUCCACAAGGCAGAUGCUGAAGGUCUUAAGGGUGCGGUGGGUUCAGCUUUAGAGAAGAAAGUCAACUGUAAAGACUGGCGUGAAAAACUUGUAGGGAUUGCAACUGAUGGGGCAGCUGUGAACUUUGGAUGUAGAGAAGGCCUUGUUGCCAAAUUGCGUACAAAAAUUCCCCACCUCAUUGGAAUUAGAUGUUGCGCUCACAGAUUGGAACUGGCACUAAAGGAUGCAGCUCGUAAGUCAAAAUUGUGGGACACAAUUGAUGCUUUCUUGUCCAGCUUGUACAAAUUCUAUCACUACUCCUCCCUGAACAUGGAUGGUCUCAUGGAAGCUGGCAAGGCCCUGAAAAUAACUAUCCUUCGACCAGGAAACAUCUGGGGCACACGCUGGGUUCCCCACCGACACAGAGCAUUGCUGGCAGUGGACCGAGACUGGCUAGCUUUGGCUAACCAUCUGUCCCAGGUAGCAAUGGGUACAAAUGAAACUGCUGCCAAGGCAAAAGGUCUCCAUCUGACACUUGUAUCCGUUCACUUUGUGCUCAUGUUGCAUGUGGCUUUGAAGUUCUUCAGUAUCUGUAGAACCAUAAGUGAGGUCUUCCAGGACAACGACUCAUCAGUGGAAACCUUGUACACCACCCUGCAGGCUGCACAGCUCAAGUUAGCCUCUGACCGAUUUGAUGCCAAGGGAGUGCUGAAAUCCUUUGUCGAAAAGGAUCUUGUUGUAACAGGGACUGAUGUCAUGUACAGAGGCGAGAGACUAAAGCUACAGUCAGGGAGUUCCAGGGGCAGACAACACACACUUGACACAGCUCUGGAGGAUGUAGAAAAGAGUGUCAGUUGCAUGGUGUCUGCCACUGCAGAGGCUCUCAAUCAGAGGUUUGCCUCAUUUAAUGACCCUGUACUGAAAGCUUUCCGAGUAUUUGAGCCAAUGAACUGGCCUCAUGACAUUGAAGUGUUAGCAGAUUUUGGAACUACUGAGAUUCAGACCAUCACUAACCAUUUCAGUGAUCUGCUGAAUAGGAAUGGCACUGAUACAACUUCAAUGGAAAUUGAAUGGACCCAGCUACUACUAUCAUGCAGAGAGCUGAAAAGGGAACAACCUGACAGGUGUAUUGCUAACAAUGAACGAUUCCAAGCAUUCUGGAAGAAAGUCCUGCAAACGUACAAUGAGAGUCAGAGGUUUGCCAACAUCUUAACUCUAGUAAAGAUCAUGUUGGUGCUCCCGAUCCAUUCAGCUGAAGCAGAACGGGGAUUCUCCCUAAUGGGUAGGGUUAAGAAUGACUGGAGGUCAAGACUACAUCCAGAGACUACAAGCAACCUCAUGGCACUCAAGCUUGCUAACACAACAGUGGAGAGCUUUGAUCCUAUGCCUUCCAUCAACAGAUGGUGGACUGACACCAAGAGAACCAGACGGUUCACUCAGCAAUAUGGAACAAGGGCCUCAGCUGACAUUGAGUCAAAUGAAGAACAAAUGGACAAUGACUUAGUUUCAGUUGCUGAUGACGAUGAAGAUGAAGCCUAGGUUGACACUUAAGUUGGUCAAGACAAAAGGUAAGUAAUUUUGGAAAUGAUUGGAUGGCCAAUGCAGUUUUGUCCACUAAACCUCUCUCAAUGUCUAACAAAAUAUCACUUGUUGCUUUAAAUUAAAAGAAAAUACAAAUUCACAAGCCAAACUAAAACAGACUAGCAUUGUACAAAAUCAUUGUAAAAAAUAAAUAAAUAAAUAAAUAAAAUAACUAAAUAAAUUAAAAUACAUAUGAAUAAUUUUUUUAAGUUACAGUAACACUUACCUGACAUUAAAAACCACACAGAUUGAUUGGGAGUGCAUUUAGAACAAUUUAUAGAGCUCUGCAAUGAAUCUAUAGCUUCAUAAAAACCAUUGGAAUUUUCGGGCAACCAAACUUUCUUCCGGGCAACCUGAGUUUCAGCUCAUGGUUGCCCUCGGGCAACCAUCUAUUUUUCUUAAUUUCA